UGAAACCGAACAGCAUUGCAUAAUAACCAGAGAUCAGGCUACCAGGAUCGCAUUAUCUGAGACCGCCUAGCCUAGACGCGUCUGUGAACCUUAUGGAGCAAACUCAUAGAUCGGAUCGUCCAGGCGGGAGGACUAUUCUGUUUGAUCACGUGCUUUGCUUCACAACAUUGCCCGCCUGGUUGAAUGCUCGAAAGUUUCGUGGGCCUGGUGAGACGUCGUACGUUGUGUGACGAUGGAAUAUCGGCGACCAACCACGACGAGCGUUGGAGCGUCUCUGGAGGGAUCCAACCCUUCCCAGGCUGUCAACGUUGUUCUGCGGCAUCGACGGUUACGAUCGCUUGUGCUACGGGAUACCGACCGUCUGCCGUAUUUCCUGAGAGGAGGCUUCCGGAGCACGUGCGGAGGUCUACGCCGACGAUCUGGUGGAGCACCAUGUGCAGAUGGCAUUCACCUUGUUCAAGCACGGAAAUUCCACAGUCCUUUCGUCCGUCGCGUCCUAUAUCUUUACAUUACAUGCUGACUGUGUCAUAUAUCCUUGGUCAUCACAGCUGGCAUUUCCUGGCAGAGAUAUGGAUCACAUGAUGAUGAACAGAAUGAAAGAAAUUCUGCUGCUACUUUGACAAGACUCUUCGUGUUCCAAGUGGG